AUGAGAUGCGAAGAGAUUUCGAGUCAAGUAUCGGGUAGUGCGAAGAAACAUGGAAGUUCAAUGAAUGCAGCGAAUCGGAUCGAGCUUGCCCAAAUGACAGUCACCAAAGCAUGCCUUAGAUCGACGAAUACGCGCCUAUCCUCGCGAAAGGACGCAUGGAUCGGAUUGUUAAGGUUAACCACCCAUUGCUCCCACCAACAAGGCCGAGCUGAGCUGGGAGAAAGGUGGGAGACUGCGGUAGGAACACCGCAACCUCUUCAUACCGUCAUCGCGGUCACAGAGCGGAGGUAUAGCCUCAAGCGUAAUUCUGUUAUGAUCAGGUGGAGACGACUCACGAGUGGCGUAGUCAGGCUGUAUGAAGUAACAGCAUCAAUCUUCAAGACCUUUCAAGGAUCACCCUGGAAGGACAUGGAGAAAAGAAAUCAUGACGAGGACCUAAAGACACCGCCAAAGGAACCGGUAACUUCUCUGACCGCGUUCGGAGGAAUAAGCUUGAUGGUCAAGCCCGCUCAUUUACACAUGUCACCGGGCAUUCUGAGAAGAUCAGCGCACGGAAAAGAAUACAAAAAUCCCGGCCGCGCUAAAUGGUCAGGUGAACAUACGCUGCUGUGUUGCUACAUAUGUACACCAAGCAUAUUCCAUGACAUCACAAUCUCAGUGUCAAAAGAAUAUUCCCGUGUAAAUGGAGGCUCCGUGAUGGUGUAG